UUCGAUGAGUACUUCCGGGUGAGUUCCUCACCCCUCAACCCUCGCGUUGAGACAUUUAGUAUUUGGUUAUUUUUUCCUGAUUAAAAAAUGCAAUAAAGAUAUUCAGAUUUUUGUGUUUUUAAAGUUUAUCUUCGCGGGGAUUUUUUUCACCGGAACUUCGGCACAGUUUGUUCGCGACUCUGAGCAGGGAUGUCGUCGUCGCUGUGGAACCUGAAGCCACUGCUGACGUCACUCUUUCAAGCAUCCCAUCAUGCCUCUGUGUGGCCACGCCCCCUCCUCUCCAGGACGAUGGCCACCCUCAACCAGAUGCACAGGCAGGGCAAACCCAAAGUACCUCCCAAGACCCUCGGCGCGACGUUUGGCCGCCCGCAGCUCAAGGCCGUGAUCCUGAAGACCAUGAUCCGGAAGCCCAAGAAGCCCAAUUCUGCUAACAGGAAGUGCGCGCGUGUGCGCCUGUCGAACGGUAAGGAGGCGGUGGCUUUCAUCCCGGGAGAAGGACACAACCUGCAGGAGCACAACGUGGUGCUGGUGGAGGGCGGCAGGACGCAGGACCUGCCCGGCGUCAAGCUCAAAGUGGUGCGAGGCAAAUACGACUGUGCUCAUGUGGUCAAGAAGAAACAAUAGUGAGAGUGGCGGUCGCUAUGGUAGCGACGACUGCUCAACUACAGACUGUGUGACAGGAAUCUGCCUUGGUGUCAUCAGUGAACUUCAAUCAUUUGAACUGUAAAUAUCACUUGUGUGAAAACAAUAAAGAUGCGUCAUGACAACAAACUCAAAAA